AUGGGUUCUGCUCUAGAUGAACGUCGGCCCUUGUUAACCAAUGAAACAGAGGACUCGUCUAUUUAUAACAACAGUGUUUGUUUUGAAGAACCCAGUGCUACGAAAACCAGUGCUUCUAUUAAUCUUUCGAAUACUAUUUUAGGCACAGGCAUGCUGGCCAUGCCUGCUGCAUUGGCUUCUGUUGGAUUGAUUCCAGGCAUAUUCAUCAUUAUUUAUGCUGGCUGUACAUCCAGUCUUGGUCUUUAUUUCUUAGCACGAUGUGCGGAUAGAGUAGGGGGCAGAAAUGCAUCAUUUUCAUCCCUAUCCAAAUUAACUUGGCCCAAAUUAGGCAUUUUUUUCGAUACAGCCAUUGCUAUCAAAUGCUUUGGUGUAGCCAUCAGUUACCUCAUUAUUUUGGGUGACUUGAUGCCUCAGGUCAUGUUGUCUUUUUUUCAUGGUGCUAAAGAUGUUGAGUUAUUGAUGGAUCGUCGAUUCUGGAUUUCGUUGAGUAUAAUUACAGCUGUUGGACCAUUGAGCUGGCUUAGAAAGCUGGAUUCAUUAAAAUACACAAGUUUAGUUGCACUCUUUGCUGUGGCCUAUUUAGUGGCUAUUGUUGUUUAUCAUUAUGUUUCGCCCAACUAUCCACCACCACCACCUGAUGCGAUUGAAUAUUUUCACUGGAGCACCAAAAUCUUUGGUCAAUUGCCUGUCUUUAUCUUUGCUUUUACCUGUCAUCAAAAUAUUUUUUCUGUCUAUAACGAGUUGAAAAAGAAUGAUGAAAAGUCAAUUGUUCAAGUGAUCUCCACUUCUAUUGGUUCGGCUGCUUUUAUCUAUGAGUUGGUAGCUAUUUUGGGUUAUCUAAGCUUUGGUAAACAUGUAUUGGGCAAUAUUAUUCUUGAAUAUCCUCAGACUGCUUUUGUUGCUUUUGGUCGAUUGGCUAUUGUGGUCUUGGUGAUCUUUAGUUAUCCACUCCAAACACAUCCUUGUCGAGCUUCGAUUGACAAGAUUAUCGACACGCUUAAAUCGGAGUCUCUUCAACAACCUGUUAUUUCCAACAAACGCUAUUGGAUCAUGACCAGCUGUAUUGUGAUUUCUACCUAUUUAGUAGCCAUUUCUAUUUCUCAAUUGGAUCUUGUGUUGUCGUUUGUGGGUUCUACAGGUUCAACGACAAUUUCGUUUAUUUUACCUGGUUUGUUUUAUUUCAAGAUGCAUUCUGAAGACGGAUAUCAUUGGAAACGUAUGGUUGCUUUGUUUUUAGUGUUUUAUGGGUUUUUAGUGAUGAGUAUUUGUUUGACUUUUAAUAUUAAGCGUUUAUUAUAA